AUGGGAUGCGGAGCUCCAACCAGACCUUUAGAGCGUCAAAUAUCGCUUGACUUUAAUCUUCCCAAAUCUGUCGAAGACGGCUUUCAAUUAUCAUUUAAAAAAGAAUUACUUAAAAAGAAAAGUCGUAAAAGCCUUACAUCAAGAAGAAAUCAAACGUUACAGCAGACUAAAGAAAGUUUAGGCACUGAAAGACCUUUAGAAAAAAUUGACAGUGAAGUUUUGGCUCCAGCAAUUUUAAGUGAGCAAGUUAUUACGAAUAGUCCAACAAAAAUCGAGGUAAAAGAAAAUGCAUUUGAGUCUCCAGUUAAGCCUACAGAAAUUUACCAAGUAAUUGAGGCAAACAAAGAAAUAGGGAUUCAGGAAGAAAAUUAUGUAUUUGUAAAGAAAUUUGAGGAAAGCCAUGAGCCUAUCCAAGAAGCCGGAGAAAAUUAUGGAUUUGUACAGAAACUUGAGGAAAGCCACGAACACGCCCAAGAAAUCGAAGAAAAUAAUGACUUUUUCACAAAAGUUGAUGAGGAAAGUCAUGAUUUUAGUAAAAAAUUCGGAAUUCGGGCUGGAGAAGAAGAUUUGAUUGAAGGGAGUUCUUUUAAUAGUGUGGAUAAAGAAAUUCAAGAAGAGCUAGAGCUUAAUAAAGAAAAGCAAAAAGCCAUUAGAGUUGAAAUAGAGAAGCAAGCUGCUGAAGAAGCCCAAAACAUUGUAAAUGCAAAAAGAGCUGAAAUGGUUGCAGAGUUGGAAAGAAAACGAACAGAAAGAGAAAGAAUCGACAACGAUAUGAAGAAAAUUUUAUCAAAAUACAGUGAUGUUAUAUCAAGCUAA